CACCCCCCUUCCUUGGGCGCGGGGGACGCGGAACAUGGGCUCGCGCCCCGCCUUUGUCUCCCGGGCGCGAGCCGCAGCCCCGCGCAGCGCAGCGUAGCCGCCGCUCGGCUUUUGUACCCGGGCGCCCGGGGGGACGCGCUGCCGGGGAGCUGCCGGCCGGCCGCGGCGGCAGCAUGGACGUGACUAUUUCGGAGCUCUUGGAGCUCUUUCUGCAGAGCCCGCUGGUGACCUGGGUGAAAACGUUCGGGCCAUUUGGAAGCGAAAAUGAAGACAAGCUGACUAUGUACAUGGACUUAGUGGAUGGCAUCUUUUUAAAUAAAAUCAUGUUGCAAAUAGACCCCAGGCCGACAAAUCAGCGCAUCAACAAGCACGUCAACAAUGAUGUCAACCUUCGGAUACAAAAUCUGACCAUCCUGGUUAGGAGCAUUAAAACCUACUAUCAGGAAGUCCUCCAGCAGCUCAUUGUGAUGAAUUUACCCAAUGUUUUGAUGAUUGGCAAAGAUCCUCUCUCUGGUAAAAGUAUGGAUGAAAUUAAGAAGGUGCUGUUACUGGUGCUGGGCUGUGCUGUUCAGUGUGAAAGGAAAGAAGAAUUUAUUGAAAAAAUUAAACAACUGGACAUUGAAACCCAAGCUGGGAUUGUGGCACACAUCCAAGAGGUGACCCAGAACCAAGAAAACGUGUUUGACCUGCAGUGGUUGGAACUGCCAGACAUGGCCCCAGAGGAGCUAGAGUCGCUCUCAAGGAACAUGGUGUUUCACCUCAAACGGCUCAUUGACGAGAGAGAUGAAUGCACCGAAUUAAUAGUGGACCUUACCCAGGAGAGAGAUUAUCUGCAGUCACAGCAGCCAUCCAGCCCUCUGAAGCUGUCCAGCACGGACUCCACGCCCAGCCCAACCAAUAGCAUCUCCAGCGAGGACAAGCAGCAUCUGGCUGUGGAACUGGCAGACACCAAGGCCAAGCUCCGGAGGAUCCGGCAGGAAUUGGAGGAGAAAUCAGAGCAGCUCGGGGAUGCUCGACACGAAAUUGAUGAGCUAGUGCUGGAGCUGCAGAAAAUCAAGCAGGAGAACAUCCACCUUGGGGCUGAUGCCCGGUCUGCACGAGCCUACCGGGAUGAGCUGGAUUCUUUGAGAGAGCGGGCCAACCGAGUGGAGAGGCUUGAAAUGGAAUUGGUCAGGUGUAAGGAAAAACUGCAUGACGUGGAUUUCUAUAAAGCUCGUAUGGAGGAGUUGAGGGAGGAUAAUAUCAUCCUAAUUGAAACGAAGGCAAUGUUGGAAGAACAACUGACAGCCGCUCGAGCCCGAGGUGAUAAAGUUCAUGAACUGGAAAAGGAAAACUUGCAACUAAAAUCUAAACUUCAUGAUAUGGAAUUGGACAGGGACACAGAUAAGAAGCGAAUCGAAGAGCUUUUGGAAGAAAACAUGGUUCUGGAGAUUGCCCAGAAGCAGAGCAUGAAUGAAUCUGCCCACCUGGGCUGGGAGUUAGAACAGCUGUCCAAGAAUGCUGACCUUUCAGAUGCAUCCAGGAAGUCAUUUGUGUUUGAAUUGAACGAGUGUGCCUCUAGUCGAAUUUUGAAGCUGGAGAAGGAGAACCAGAGCCUUCAGAACACCAUCCAGGAGCUCCGAGAUGCCUCCAUGAUUGCAGAAGAAAGCAAAUUUAAAUUUGUUGAGCUUGAAACAGAGAACCACCAACUCAGCAGAAAGAUUGAAAAGUUACAAACUCAGCUUGAAAGAGAAAAACAAAGCAACCAAGACCUGGAGACCCUAAGCGAGGAGCUGAUCAAAGAGAAAGAGCAGCUUCAGGGUGACAUGGAGACCCAGAAGGCUGAUAAAGAAAGACAGAUAAAGGACCUUGAACAAGAAAAAGAUCAUCUCAAUCAGCUAGUUUGGUCCUUAAGAGAAAGAUCUCAAGUCAGUAAUGAGGUUCGAGUAAAAGACAUUGAAAGAGAAAACAAAUCUCUGCACGAAACCAUUACAGAGAUGAGCAGCAAACUCAACAAGACCGAGUUUGAAAAGAAGCAACUACACAAGGAUUUUGAACAUGCCAAAGAGAAGGUAGAACGAGUGGAGAUGAUGGAGAAGGAACUCCACCAGCUCAAAAGGGAGAAUGAGAAGUUGGCCCAAAAAAUGACGUCCAUGAAAAUGGUUACAGAGAAAGUUGAAGCCCUGGAAAAUGAGAAUGGGGGACUGGAACUAGAGAACAGGAAGCUAAGGAAGUCACUAGAUACUUUGCAGAACGUCUCCGUCCAACUGGAGGGCCUGGAGAAAAACAACAAACAGCUCGAUGAGGAGAACUUGGAGCUUCGGAAGAUGCUUGAGACAAUGAGAUUCACGAGUUCCAAGAUGGCCCAGAUAGAGAUGGAGAACAAGGAACUAGAAAAGGAGAAGGAAGAGCUCCAGAAAACUAUUGAUCUGUUGAAAGCCCUGAGCAAAAAGUCUGAGAGACUCGAGCUCAGUUACCAGGGUCUGAAUGCCGAGAAUUUGAGGCUUCAGCAGAUUCUGGAAUCCAGUAAUAGGAAGACUCAGGAGCUUGAAAAGGAACUUGAGGAGGUAGAAAUGCAAAAUCAUACCUUGCAGCGGAAUCUGGAUGAGCUGAAGAUUACAAACAAACAGCUAGAACAAUUUGAAAAGGAUAAGAAGAUGCUGGAGCAGGAAGUGUCCCAGUUAGAGAAAGAUAAAAAAAUGCUGGAUAAGGAGACAAAGCGAUUGUGGCAACAGGUGGAAAUCAAGGAUGUCAUUUUGGAUGAUAAUGUCACCAAGUUAGCCGCUGCUGAAAAAGAAAACAAAACACUAGAAAAAGAAAUUGCUCGCUUUAAGGAUUCUUCCAGUAAGCUGAAAGAACUAGAAAAGAUUAAUAAGGACCUUACCAAGCAAGUCACCAUUCAUGUAAGAACCCUCACAACACUAAGAGAGGACUUGGUCCGUGAGAAACUGAAGAGCCAGCAGUUGUCCAGUGAGCGAGACAAGCUGAGCCAAGAAUUGGAAAAAGUUGGAUUGAACAAAGAACUCCUGCUGGAGGAUGAUAACAGCAAUAAUGACAAAAAAUAUAAACUACUGGAGAACAGAAAUGAAUCAGCACUCAGAACGACACUAGCCAUGAAAGAAGAUAAGAUUGUGUUUUUACAAGCCCAGAUGGAGGGGACAGUUAAUUUAAAUCAUCAGCUACAAAAUGAACUAAAAAUGGUAAAAAAGGAAUAUGAAGUCCUCAGACAGAGCCAGGAAGACGGGACACAAUUGCAGAACUCUUGUAGACACCCAGCGGGGAAAGUAGCCAUCAACCACCAGGUCAAAGAGAACUGGGACCCUGGUCACCGAGAAACCACCAUGGAGCUGUUGAAAGUCAAGGACAGAGCCAUCGAUUUGGAAAGGAAUAAUGCCGCCCUUCACGCAGAGAAGCAGCUGCUCAAGGAACAGAUCAAGCACCUGGAAACCCAGAACGUGGCCUUGGGUAACCAGGUCUUGACGCUUCAGAAGCAGAGCGUCUUCCUCCAGGAGCACAACACGGGCCUGCAGACGCAGACCGCCCAGCUGCAGGUAGAGAACUCAACUCUGAGCUCUCAGAAUUCUUCUCUCACUGCCCAGUACACUUUGCUCCAAAACCAGCAAGCAGCAAAGGAGAAUGAGAAUGAAAACCUGCUAAAACAAAAAGAGCAGAUUAUGACAGCCUACGAGUCGCUUCUUCAAGACCACGAGCACCUGAGCUCCCUGCACGAGCGGCAGUCCACUGAAUAUGAAGUGCUCAUCCAUCAGCACAGCUGCCUCAAGACCCUGCACAAGAACCUGGAGGUGGAACACAAGGAGCUGGGGGACAGGUACAGUGGCGUAAUGAAACAGAAGUCAGAGUUAGAAGAGCUGGAGAGUAUUUUGAACACAGAGAGAGAAGCUUUACACCAGGAGAAAAGAACAAAUUUGAUUGCUUCUGGAGAAAACCAGAGGCUGAGAGAAGAACUGGACAGAGUUAAUUUCCUGCAUGGCCAGCUGAAGGGGGAGUAUGAAGAACUUCACUCCCACACAAAGGAACUGAAGACCGCCCUCAACAACUCCCAGCUGGAGCUGAACCGCUGGCAAGCUCGGUUUGAUGAAUUAAAGGAGCAGCAUCAAAGCAUGGACAUCUCCAUGACCAAACUGGAUAACCACUGUGAACUGCUUGCCCGGCUCAAGGGGAACUUGGAAGAAGAGAACCAUCAUCUCCUGAACCAGAUCCAGAUCCUGAGUCAACAAAACCAGAUGCUUCUGGAGCAGAAUAUAGAGAACAAGGAGCAGUUCCACGAGGAGCAGAAACAAUACAUAGACAAACUGAAUUCUUUAAGAAGACAUAAAGAAAAACUAGAAGAAAAAAUUAUGGAUCAGUACAAAUUCUAUGAUCCUGCUCCAAAGAAAAAAAAUCACUGGAUUGGAGCCAAAGCCUUAGUCAAACUCAUCAAACCAAAGAAAGAGGGUUCGAGAGAACGUACCAAAUCAACCACCGAAAGCCCUCCCUGGCAGCUGGAGUCCACAGACCCUGCUUCUCCAUCUGCUUCCCAGCAUCUCAGAUUGCAGCAGGAGACUCCGGAUAACGUGGCCACUAUAAGUUCCAACAGCCAGGAGGAGAGAGAUGUGCACAAUGGACCUGGGGGGAAAGUCAUUGGUGAUCUUAAGCAGAAACGAGGUUCCCCCCAUGGAGGCAGCAGUGACCACUUCGAGGGUUCCACGGACUCCGUGGUCAAGCACUGGCACACAGAACUGGGCUCCAGGGCUCACUCCACCUCAGCCAUCCAUCUAACCCCUUCUAGCUCAACCCCCAUCCCCAGGCACACAGGCCUGCCCAAAGGUUACAACUCUGAUGAUAAUCUUUGUGAGCCAACCCCAGAGCUGGAGUUUACCAACCAUAGGCAACAUGCGACCCGGCCCCAUAGUCUAGAGAGCAGCAGAACGACGUCAAGCAACAGCUCUCCCCUGAAUCUAAAAGGUUCCUCCGAUCGGAUUCACGGCAGAUCUGAGAGCUUUGGGAGUGAAGACCUGGUCCCCAGCAGGGAGGCGGCCACUCUGCCUCGAGACGUUGCCUUGAGCCGCUCAGCCCUGGCCGUGAACAGGCAAGAGCAUCCUCCGGCCAGGAAUGGGUCCAUCCCGCACGAGUCUCUGCAGAAGAAUACUCCAGGCCAGCCUCAUGCCAUCAGGCAAAGCUCGGCCUCUCCAGGCAGUGAAAUGGUGACUUUGGAAGAGUUUUUGGAAGAGAGCAACCGGGGAUCCCCCUCCAACUGGCCACACGCCUUAAACGACACUGAAAAGAUUUCAUUGCAGCAGUUUCUGUUAGAAGCUGAGUCACUGUACCCUUCUUGUCCUUCCCCUUCUCAUUUCUUCCAACACCUGGAGCCUCGGGGCCUGGAGGACCCAGUCCUUGGGCCUGCAAUUCCUGAAGAGAUGCUGAGUGCAGGGGCCAGCCGGAGAGCAAGUUCCCUGUAUCUCCCACGGGAUACUUCCACCGGCCGGGACGACCUGCUCAAUGACUACUUUCGCAAGGCCAACGAUCCUCCUGCCAUUGGAAACCCACUGGGGCCGCCCCUCAGGAAAGAGGGCACAAAAAUGCCCACCAACUUUGUGGCACCCACCAUCAAAAUGGCGGUCAACACAGCCGAGGGGAAGCUGCUCAAGCCAGGCCAGUACGUGAAGCCACACUUCCGGCAGACAGAGCCCGAGCCUCCCGCCAUUCCCCCUGGCUCCCUGAGGUUGGCCCAGCCUCCCCAGAGCCUGCCCCUGAGCAAGCCUAAGCAGGCCACCCUACCCCCUCCCUCGAGCGCCCCGGCGGGCAGGGGGGCCUCCCUGAGCAGGGCCUUCAGCCUGGCUUCGGCAGACCUUCUUCGAGCCAGUGGGCCAGACGCGUACAAACAGGAGCCUUCCCAGAAGCUCGGGGCAGACGCCCACGGGGGCAGAGAAGCGGGCAGCCAGGCCCUUCGGCUCCCUCCCUCCUCCUCCGCAGGCCCGCAUGGGCUGUCUAGAGAGAGGCCCCAGUCCGCAAAGAUCGUCGGUUCUUCUCAGGGUCCCGGCUCCCGCCACCGCCCGUUUGACUCGAGGCGCUUCUCCCUGGCUCCCCCAAAGGAAGAGAGGCCGCCUCUGCUUCCGCCGUCUUCCACAUCCCCCGCCAUCUCCUCAAGCGGCUGCGGGACGGGCCUCUCCCAGCAGCAGGAGCACCCGAGCCCCGGGCCGGGGCCGCCCUUCUCCUCCAUCCCUGUCUCUGCGGCCAGGACCAAGCCCAAGAGCCCGCCGCACGCCGGGGAGGUGGCGACCGUCGCCCCCGUCCGUCUGGCGCCCCAGUUUCCCGAGGGAGACGGGCCCUCCUGGCAAGGCCCGAGCGACGGAUUCCUGUCCAAGGGCCAGACUAAAGCUCCCGACGCUGCUCACUCUCCUGGGCUUGAGGAGCUCGCCAGAGGAGGAAACUCCAAGAGCACCCCCGGGUCCCCGGAGCCGAGUGGGGACCAGCAGACUGUGUGGUACGAGUACGGCUGCGUGUGACCUGCCUCCUGGGACGGGAGGGCCGCUCGGCGAGGCUCCGCGAUGGACUAUGUUGGCUUAACUUGUCGUUUUGGGGUUUUGUCUUUUGCCUGUGAUGCAGGGAAGAAAGGGGUGGGGGGCUUCGGGAGAAAGGAGGGGUUCUGAGAUCUUUUUUAUUUUAAUUGAAACACUGUGCCAAGUCUUAAAGAAGAGCAUUCCACCCCCCAAAUUUGUAACACGGUCUGUUUAUCUGCUGCUUCCAGUAAUUUAUUUCUCCUGAAUGAAGUACACUUCAGCGUGAUCAAUAUUUAAAAUUAAAUGGUUGAAAUUUCCUUCCCUCUGUUCCAGACACUCAUAAAUCCCUGCUAUGACACUUUUUUUGCUUGUUUUUGUUCUUUGGGAACCAGUCUUGAGAGCCGACAGACGUAAAAUGGAAAGCUGGUUUGAUCGGGGUUCGUGUCUCAUCGGUGUGCAUUCUCUUUCCAUAGACAUGGAUUGUGACCUCUCAGAGCAUCAUAAUGAGUUACUGCUGUACCCCCAAAGCCCCCAAAUUGUCUCUUGGCCAGCUGUUUUCUGGUGAUAAACUUUUCCGAAUUUAGCUAGGUCAGAGGGGAGAGAUUAGCCGUCAUGGGCUUCCUGCUCAGAGCCUCCUGGCUCAGUAGGAUCUGCCCAUACUUAGAAUAGAGAAAAGGUGUCUGGACUUUAGGUGAAAUUGGGAGCAGGGCCCUGUCCAAGUCAAUUCAAGAGAUCACGUGGGGUGGGGGCGGGGUGCAGUGAGGUGGCUCACUGUCCUAGGGAAAGGGAGGUCCUGGGCUCACAUUUGGCCCCAGAUACUUAGCUGCGUGUUUCUGGGAAGUCAUUUAACCUCCAUCAUCUAGCCCUUACCGCUCUUCUGCCUUGGAACUGGGUGGUGGGUGGGUGGGAAAGACAGACAGACAGACAGACAGACAGACAGACAGACAGACAGACAGACACACCCCCAGGAACCAUUGGGGUACUAAGCCACCUAGCAUGGGGAAUGUCCCCGAGCUGAGUUUAUUUCUACAAUUGAAACCUUCAGCCGCUACAUUGUCUAACUGGAGUCCCACGCGGAUCCUUUGUCUCUUUCAAGGAUGCUGGUGAUGGAUGGGGUUACGUCAAGGUGCUUCCCUGCCGGUGCAGACCAAAUGGCCCAGGGCAGAGCUGGGUUACUGUCCUCUAACUUUUCUACACACACUGGAGCUCCUAUGUGCUGGGACCUACGUGGAAGAUGGCUGGGAAAGCCGGAGGAAGGCUGUUUCCCAGGCCCAGCAUUUGUAAAUAGCCCUGUAAAUGAAAAGAAACUUGGGGGCUUCCCCCACCCCCACCCCCUUAUAGGGAAUGGCCAUUUCUUUCUCUGAAUAAUUUUUCAGGGUAGAAACAAAUUUUCUUUUAAUACAUUAUAUAUAUAUAUAUAAAAUCCAUACAUCUAUACACACAUACUUUUGGGGGCGAGUCUGUGUUCCAAUGGGGGUUCCUCUUUUCUAUAAGGAAUCUCCUUGGCUGCUUUCAUGUCUCUGAUCAGACUCAUGUCAUUCAUUCUGUCUUGAGUUGUUUAUAAAAGGUGCUUUUCCUGUGAUCUAUGAAAACCUGUUGAUUUCUUUUUUUUCCUCCCUCUUGGUGAUUUGCUGACUUGAUCUAGUGAAAGAGAUGGAAAGGAAUUGUAAAGUGUUAACAAGAUCACUUUGGAACGGAGUUGCUCCUGGUGACUUGUAGUGACCACAUUCUGGAACACAAGGACAGGAUCUUAAUAAAAGUGAAGAAAGACA